CUCUAUAGUUUCAAAGUCUACAAACUUUGACAGUUUUAUGCUGUUGAUUUAUCUAUUUUCCCAUCCUUACAUCCACUGUCAUUCAUUUCGAAACCAAGUGUAUGAACUCAAUAUGGACGAGAAGCACUCUUCAGGAAGGAAACUAUCCGGAGAAAAGCAGAAGAAGCCGUUGAAGAAACGAAGAAAGGCCAAACAUAAAGACCGAGAAGUUGAACGUAAGCGGGUGCCUGGUAAACUUCUCAUGCCGGGGUUCAAGUCCUCGAGCCCCGACGAAACGAACUCGGACAGUGCCCUCGAUUUUGCUAAACGCCAAGCCAAGAAGCAUUCCAACCUCUCCGCAGAACAAAGAACUGUGAAAUCAAGUGCCAAAAACAGCCAGACGAAUGUCACCAACAACGGCUCCACCUCGGCACCUGUGAUAGGCCUUCGCGGGAGAACUAGUAACACUGACAACCAGCAAAAAUCAAGCUCUGAAUCCAUCAAAACCAAGGCCUCGCAGUCCUCGUUUGAGUCCAACGCCAGCGAGGUUGCAGAGAAGAUAAACGAGAGCCUGAGAUGGGACAAUGUUUGCUCGGACCCGACCCAAGAGGCAGAGAGAAUCAGGAUCUAUAAGAUCAAUCGCAGGAAGCGUUACCUGGCCGAGUCACUGAGGCAACGCCAGGAUAAGGAGAGUGUGUUGAGCUUUGCGAAGGAAAUAGCAGCGUGUGAUGAUAGCUGAGGAAGGAUAUACACUAGAUUCAACAGAUGAAAUUCAGGAGAUAAUCUGUUGGAUUACAAUGGAUUAGGCUUUACGAGGAGUCUGUUGCUACUUGAGGGCUGAGCUUCAUGGUGGAUGUAUAACAGCUUGUUACAAACCGUUAUGUAACAGACUUGGUCCACUCUGCCACGGAUCAACCAGUUGAGUGCAGUGUUGAGGUUGAGUCCUUCUCAGCAGAAGUCCAGAGAAGCCCAAAUUGGAAGACUUCCUUCAAAGUCCCAAGUCCUGGGUCCACAUUUCCACAGUCAGAGUCCUAGUCCAGACAUACAUGUACCAAGUUCAAGUCCAAGAACAAUUCCAGUCCAAGAACAAGUUCCUGUCCAAGAACAGGUUCAAGCCUAAAGGCCGAGUCCCACUGCAGCGACAACGAUAACGAUCACGACGCUAAGAGAAUGCAUUCCAUUGUUGAAUUGCUCCACGCAGAAUACGCACAAGCUCAUUCAACCAAUGGAAUGCGUUCUCUUUGCGUCAUGAUCGUUUUCGUUAUCGCUGCAGUGGGACUCAACCUUAAGCCUGGUCCAGGUCCAGACAGUACGUAUCAUGUCCAAGCCCUAGUCAACUUAGUCAAGUGAGUUUGACAGGGCAAGGCAUUUUCAUUUUCCAAAGGCGCUUCCAUCGAAAAGUCUGUUGUGCCAAACUUUGGCACUAAGGCCAAGACCAGGAAAACAGAGGCCCUCGCUCGCCUCAGUGGCCUCUGUGUAAUUUCAGGCCUGUCUAAAUCCAAGUCCACCGCAAAACAGAUUUGAGAGCAGGCCGGGACUCCAGCACUGCAUCACUGAAAUGGUGGGGCUGCCCUCUCUGCUCUAAAAUGUAACCAAGUGUAUAGCCUUAAAGGAACACGCUGUCUUGGAUCGGUCGAGUUGGUCUUUGAAAAGCGUUUGAAACCGUUUGUUAAAA